GGUUGAGCCUUCACGAAGGCCGCGCGUGUGGAUUGCAGGCUGUAUCGCUCCCGUUGAAGCAGCUGCAAGUGGCGCAAGCUUGAUGUAGCGCCAGAAAUAAGCCACUCUAUGCCGUCAGCGCCAGUACGAGCCAAGUUUUUUUAGCAGGCGUUGUUCGAGCGCGCCACGAACGCAUUUUGAGAAAAAUGGCGCCAGUUGCAACCGCGGAGCAUACCUGCGACGGGAAAAUUUCCCGUAAGCGUGUCAUACUGUGCUGCCUAGGCUUGGACCCAUUUCCCAAGUGUACCCAGUUUGUCAUUUGCGCGGCCGGCAUCAUGAUCGUGUUCUUGGGAUACGGAUACACGCAGGAGCUCAUGUUUCACAUCGAAGGGUUCAAGCCGCACGGCUUCUACCUGACCUUUGUCCAGUUCGUGCUGUACAGCAUCUUCGCGUUCGUCGAGCGCAACAUGCGAAGGGAGAGCGGCCGCACAGCACCGCUGCGAACCCACCUAUUACUAUCGGUGCUGUCUGUGGGCACCAUCGGCCUCUCUAAUGCUGCCCUGGGUUACCUAAACUACCCGACCCAGGUUCUGUUUAAGUGCUGCAAACUAAUCCCGGUGCUUCUCGGUGGCAUACUCAUCCAAGGGAAGAGGUACAGUUAUCUCGACCUCCUAGCUGCCGUGCUUAUGAGCGUUGGACUGGCUGCAUUCAUCCUGACUGACAAUAAAUUGUCACCAACAUUUUCACUUAUAGGUGUUGUGAUGAUAUCAACGGCUCUACUAUUUGAUGCUGUCAUUGGCAACGUGCAGGAGAAAGCAAUGACAGCCUACGGCACCCCGAACUCUGAAAUCAUGAUUUUCUCCUACUCCAUUGGAUCUGUGAUCCUGCUUUUUGUCUUGGCGGCAAUGCAGGACUUAACCCCAGCUGUAGAGUUUUUUGCUCAGAAUCCGGUGGAGACUUAUGGCUACGCCGUCAUAUUUUCCAUACUGGGCUAUCUUGGCAUACAGUUAGUUCUCACGCUCAUCAGCAUCUCUGACGCCUUUAUCACUGUGAUCGUCACGACUUGUCGCAAGGCCAUAUCCAUCAUUCUAUCUUUCAUGCUGUUUGCCAAGCCAUUCUCAUUCCAGUACGUCUGGUCAGGUGCACUUGUGCUUCUGGGGGUGUACCUUCAUGCCUACAGCAAAAGGCUUGCCAAGCUGCGGCAUCUUCCCCUUGUCCACCCAGAAAAGCACUCUUCGUGACCACGAUCCUGCGAUAGCUGGACAGAUCUAGUCAAAGUAGUGUAAGAAAGUGUUUUAUUGUGUGCGAGCCAUUUAUACUCGCAUGGACCAGUAUUUUAUACAUUCCAAAGCCAAAAAUAUUAUGCGGGUGAUUUAUUUACACAA